ACUUAUUUUUCAGUCAAUUAUUGGAGUUGAAUCGGUUAUAGAAACGUGGCCUUGUUUUAAUUAAAUGGCAAUAGACCUGAAAUUCUCCAAGUCGGAUACGUCCUCCAAUUGGGGGUUUAGAAUAGUGGGAGGUGCAGAUUUUCAACAACCGUUAAUUGUUGUCAAGGUUAACGAAGGUAGUUUAGCAGAACAAGCAGGAUUGCAAAGGGGUGACAUUAUAGUGAAAAUAAACGAAUUAUCUACCUCAAUUUUGACCCAUUCUGAGGUACAACAAGCCAUAUCUUCUGCAGGAUUGACAUUUACAUUAAGAAUAAAAAGAGGCGAAAGCAUCCCUUCUAAUUUACUACAUGAUGAAGGUAAAGAAGUAGAAAUUGUCAUGAGAGACGUUCAGGUAUCCGUCGAUGAAUCAGUUAUCGAAAGGGCUGAAAAAAUAGCCGAACAAUUAGGAAAAGAAAUUUUUGAGGAAUUCGGGAAACAUAAAACAACUAAAUCUAACACUAAAGGAAGCGUAGAAAAAAUGGUGUUUUCCAAUUCGACUCAAACGUUCUUCAACACCGAAGAAAAAUACAAACAGAAAAAAUGGUCGACGUUUUUAAUGAAGCCCGAAAGACCACCACCGAAACCUAGAAAAACGGUGGAAGAACAAAAACGAACGGAUAAUGGAUAUAAAAUUAUCAUUAAAAAACAAUCUAGAAGAAAAUCUUUACCGAAAGAGAAGAGGGUGCAAUUUGAUCAAAACGUCCUUGAAAUAGAACAUGUAGGUGAGGAUGAUUCAUGUUCACCCGAAGUUUCAUUAACGCCAGAUUUGGAUAACUACGAAUCGCAACCGGAUCCUGAUUCUUUGGAAGAAGACUUCAGAGAUCAAAUAGAAGAAGAGAACUAUGAAGAGAAGAAUGGAAACGACGGGAAAUGCAGUGACAGUAAUUCAGAACAAUGUAGUGAUUGUGAAAAUAACGUUGAAGUUGAUCCUGAAAAUGGUUUUGAACAUUUAAGGAGAGAUUCUUUGGGGCAACACAUAACCUAUAAGCCGAUUUCGGAAAUUAUAGUGGAUCCUAACUCAGAAAACGCGAUGACUUUAGAAGAACAACUCAGAACGGUACAAAAACAAUUAGAAGCUUUAUCACAACUACCAUCUUCGGUGCAGGUAACUCUAGACGCCGUGUCGAAGCAAAUAGCACAAAUUUUUAACCUCGAAGAAACAGAAAAUGAAAACAAAGAACAAUAUUUCGAUGAUGAAGAAGAAGAAGAGCGAUACAUCGAUGACGAUAAAGAGUCAACAGAAGCCGCCGAAGCAGAAACAGGAGAUGAUACAAAUUCUAUAAUCGCAGAUGAACUAGAAGAAGAUUCUUUAGCCGACAAAGAAAUAACAGAUUUAUCCAAAGAAGAAGAUUUAGAUGAAAUUAAUAAGAUUCGUGAAGAAGAAGAAGAAUUAGAGGCGCGGCGAAAACAACAGGAACGCGAAGAAGAAUUAGAAGCACAGAGAAAACAGGAGGAAAUAUUGGCCAAACAAGAAAAGGAAAUGGAGAAGAAACCAAACUUCAGACCCAUAGUUCUUCCCGGUGGUAGAAAAUGGAUAGAUCCCGAUGACGUCGUACCAACACGGAAACCCAAAAUGUCGGACGAGAAAAUAAUGGAAAGCAUAGAGAGUAGCCUUGAGGUCAUAUCCGGCAAAAGAAAAGGGAUUAAUUUUAUGAAAUACACGCCGCCUGCGAGGAAUUUGGAUCACCUACAACGAUCCGAGGUGUAUCGUCUCAUUCACGAUAGCGAAAAAACCGCAACGUCCAGAGGAAUAGUCGCCAGACCCGAAAAAAUAUUACCAGAACAGGAUUAUUACGAGGCUACUAAGUCACAGCAAUAAAAAAGUAGAAACUUUGAAUUAUACUUAUUUAUAACGAUUUAUUUUGAAUUAUACUCGAUGUAAGGUUUAAUUUAUGAAUAAAAUAAUUUUUAAAAAUCA